AAUGCGUGGGUCGAGGCUGAGGGCGGGGUGAGCCCGGUCCUCUGCGGCCGGAGGGACCCUGGGCCCGCAGUCGGUCGGGGACCCGGCCUGGGCCCGCGCGGCCUCCCGCUUCCACGUCCGCCGCGCUCCGCGGAGACCCGGCCCGGCCCGGCCCUUCCCGGCGCUCCCCUGAGGUUCCUUCCAGUUAUGGGUGUGAGAGGCUUGCAGGGAUUUGUAGGAAGUUCCUGCCCUCAUGUAUGUACAGUGGUGAAUUUCAGAGAGCUGUCAGAACACCACCGAAGCACGUACCCAGGAUGUACUCCUACCAUCGUGGUGGAUGCCAUGUGCUGUCUCCGAUAUUGGUAUACUCCAGAAUCUUGGAUCUGUGGUGGCCAGUGGAGAGAAUACUUUUCUGCUUUGCGUGAUUUUGUUCAAACCUUUACAGAUGUUGGUAUCAAGUUGGUAUUCUUCUUUGAUGGCAUGGUAGAGAAGGGUAAGAGAGAUGAGUGGGUGAAGCGGAGACUUAAGAACAACAGAGAAAUAUCCAGAAUUUUCCAGCAUAUCAAGUCACACAGGGAGCAGCCAGGCAGAAACAUGUUCUUUAUUCCUUCUGGGCUUGCUAUAUUUACACGAUUUGCUCUGAAGACCCUGGGUCAGGAAACUUUGUGUUCUUUACAGGAAGCAGAUUAUGAGGUGGCUUCCUAUGGUCGCCAGCACAACUGUCUUGGAAUUCUUGGGGAAGACACUGAUUACUUGAUUUAUGACACUUGUCCCUACUUUUCAAUUAGUGAACUCUGUUUAGAGAGUCUUAGCACUGUCAUGCUCUGUCGAGAGAAGCUCUGUGAAAGUUUGGGCCUCCAGGUGUCAGACCUUCCUCUGUUGGCAUGCUUACUUGGCAAUGAUGUUGUUCCAGAGGGCAUGUUUGAAAGCUUUCGGUACAAGUGCUUGUCUUUCUACACUUCUGUGAAAGGAAACUUUGACAAAAAAGGUAGUGUUAUCUUAGCUGUGUCAGACCACAUAUCUAAAGUUCUUCACUUGUAUCAAGGUGAGAAAAAAUUAGAAGAAAUGUUACCUUUGGGACCAAACAAAGCUCUCUUUUACAAAGGAGUAGCAUCCUAUCUUUUGCCAGGACAGAAAUCUCCAUGGCUUUUCCAAAAACCCAAAGGUGUAAUAAUGGAAAAGCAAACAAUAGCCAUAAAUUCAGAGGUUUCCCUAUAUACAGAUUCUGAUUCCAAGCCAGAAGCUCCCAUGUGUACAGAUUCUGAUUCCAAGCAAGAAGGCCACAUGCAUACAGAUCCUGAUUCCAAGCAAGAAGUUCUCAUGCGUACAGAUCCUGAUUCCAAGCAAGAAGUUCCCUUGUAUACACACUCUGAAAUCAAGCACAAAUUAUCUGUGGGAGCAGAUCCUGAAUUGAAUCCAGAAGCACCUGAAAAUAAAGAAGAAGAUCUUAUGAAUGCAGAGGCUGAAAUAAAGCAAGAGCUAACCAUGGUUUCAAACCCUGAAAUCUUAAAGGUUGCUAGGAUGCAUCACGUACAUGCAGAAAGUUACCUGGUGUACAACAUCAUGAGUAGUGGAGAGAUUGAAUGCAGCAACACACUGGAGGAUGAGCUGGACCAAGCUCUGCCCAGCCAGGCCUUCAUCUACCGUCCUGUCCGGCAGCGGGUGUACUCACUUUUACUGGGAGACUCUAAAGAUGGAGCUAGCACUGACCCAGUGGUCAAAGAGUGGUUCGUCUACCCUGGGAAUCCACUGAAACACCCAGACCUUGUCAGGCCGCUGCCAAUGACUGUUCCAGGGGGAACACCUAGUUUGGAAGUUUUGUGGCUGAACCUAGAACCAGCAGCACAGAACCAGCGCCUGGACACACUGCUAGCUUGCUUCAACCUCUCUUCCUCAAGAGAAGAGCUGCAGACAGUUGAAAGCCCGUUGAGAGCUCUGUGCUGCCUCCUGAUCUACCUCUUCGUCCAGGUAGACACACUUUGUCUGGAGGAUUUGCAUGCAUUUAUUGCUCAGGCCUUGUGCCUCCAAGGAAAAUCAACUGCCCAGCUUGCAAAUUUACAGCUAGAUUAUAUUAGUCCCAGAGCUGUACAGCUUGGGUCCCUCUUCAUCCGUGGCCUCACCACCCUGGUGCUGGUCAAUAGUGCGUGCGGCUUUCCCUGGACCAUGAGUGCAUUCAUGCCUUGGAACGUGUUUGAUGGCAAGCUUUUUCAUCUGAAGUACUUACAAUCUGAAAAGGGAUAUGCUGUAGAGGUUCUUUUGGAACAAAAUAGAUCUUGGCUCACAAGAUUCCAAAACCUGAAGGCAGUGGUCUGCAAAGCUUGUGGAAGGGAGAACCGACGCAUUGUGGGCAAGUCACACUGGACCUCUCACCACACAGGGAGAUGGGGGAGACAGGGUUCCAGUUCCCACAGGACAAGCCCCACGUACAGCCAUUCCAGACAAGGACAGCCAUGGAGAGACCAAGGAAGCAGACAGUACGAGUAUGACCACUGGAGAAGGUACUAGGCCUCAUCCAGUUAUUUUUUCAGAUAAGGUCUUAAUUUUUUUGCCCAGGGCUUUGGAUCUCCAUCUUCCUACCUAUACCUCCUACACAAGUGACUGGAAUCACAAGUGACUGCCACCUUGCCUGGUCUACUGGUUGAAGUGAAAUCUCACCAACUGUUUCCCCCAUUGGCCUUGAUCUUUAAUCUCUGCAUCUCAAGUAACCAGAAUUACAGAUAGGAGGCUAAAAGUUCUAUUUUCUCCUUAUUUGUGUAACAAAUAAAUUUCUCCUUAGACUGAGAAUUGA